AUGUUGCAGGACGGAAUCUGUGAUAACGCUGACAUCUUAAAUAAUACUCCUCCUAAAAAGGUUAUUCAGGCCGACAAUGUUGACCUGACUGACAAGUCAUUGCAAGUUGACAUAUCUGACGCGUUGAGUGAGAAAGAUAAAGUUAAAUUUACGGUACAUACUAAGACAACAUUGCCGGAGUUUCAAAAAACUGAAUUUCUUGUUGUUAGACAACAUGAAGAGUUUGUUUGGCUGCAUGAUCGAUUUGAAGAGGAAGAGGAGUAUGCUGGUUACAUUAUUCCGCCGUGCCCACCAAGGCCAGAUUUCGAUGCGUCGCGUGAAAAAUUACAAAAACUCGGUGAAGGAGAAGGAAAUAUGACCCGAGAAGAAUUUACUAAAAUGAAGCAAGAAUUGGAAGCCGAAUACUUGGCGACAUUCAAAAAAACAGUCGCGAUGCACGAAAUGUUUCUGACCCGGUUGGCUCACCACCCAGUAUUCCGAAAUGACCAUAACUUAAGAGUCUUCCUGGAGUACGAUCAAGACUUGUGUGUCCGCGGUAAAAAUAAGAUCGAGAUAUUCGGAGGGUUGGUUAAAUCACUGUCAAAAACCACCGAUGAAUAUUAUUUGUCAGCUACUGUGAAGGAUGUAAACGAUUUCUUCGAUCAGGAGCUUACAUUUUUACACCAGUAUCAUAAUAAUUUAAAAGAAGCUACCACUCGCGCUGAUCGCCAAACAACGAAGCACAAAGACGUCGCCGAUUCUUACAUUAAAAUUUCUACAAAUUUACUGCAAGUUGCUUCCGAUGAAGAUCUCAAGCUAUCAGAUACGCUGAGAUAUUACAUGAGAGAUACUGCUGCUGCGAAGCGUCUGCUUUUCAGACGAUUGAAGGCUUUACACGCUUACGAAACUGCUAAUCGUACAUUAGAAAAAGCCCGUGCUCGUAACAAAGAUGUUCAUGCGGCACUGGAGGUUGCUGAGGCUGAAAAAGCACAAACUGAAGCUUGCGAAAAAUUCGAACAAAUGUCGGACAAAGGAAAAGAAGAGUUAACAGACUUCAAAACUCGGCGGAUAGCUGCUUUUAGAAAGAAUUUAAUUGAAUUAACUGAAUUGGAAAUUAAGCACGCAAAGACACAUGCUGACUUGCUCAAAAAAUGUUUACUAGUACUGCGAGAGGAAUAA